AUGGCGCUCAGCGUGUUCAUGGUCGCCGAGAAGCCAUCUUUGGCACAGUCAAUUGCACAGAUACUUUCCGAUGGAAGGCUGUCCUCACGGCGCGCUGCCCUGGAUGUGCAUGAGUUCGAGGGCCGUUUCCGCGGACAGCCUGCCCGCUUCAAAAUGACGUCGGUGAUCGGUCACGUGUACUCCAUCGACUUCACGGCGGCCUUCAACAGCUGGGACAAAGUGGAUCCCGCUCAGCUGUACGACGCACCCACCGUGAAGCUGGAGGCAAACCCCAAGGCCCACGUGUGCGAGCACCUGCAGCGGGAGGGUCGUGGCUGCGACGUGUUGGUGUUGUGGCUGGAUUGCGACAGGGAGGGGGAGAACAUCUGCUUCGAGGUGGGGGGUUGGGGGGUUAGGAGGGAGGGGAAAGACGAACCGAGCGAACGACAGUCGGUGCUCCGAGCUCGCUUCUCCGCCAUUACGGCACCGGAGAUCCGGGCGGCGAUGAGCAACCUGGUGCUCCCCAAUGAGGCUGAGGCCCUGGCAGUGGAUGCCCGUCAGGAGCUGGACCUCCGCGUAGGGGUGUCAUUCACCCGCUUUCAAACCAGGUUCUUCCAGGCGCGUGACGGUCGGUACGGCAAUUUGGAUGCUUCUGUGAUCAGCUACGGUCCCUGUCAGACGCCGACUCUCAAUUUCUGUGUGGAGAGACACCAGGCCAUCGUGUCCUUCCAGCCGGAGCCCUUCUGGUCCGUACGACCACGUGCCAGCAAGGCGGGGACACCCCUGGAGCUGGAGUGGGAUAAGGGCCGUGUGUUUGACCAGGACGUGGGGGCGCUGUUCGCGUCCCUGGUCCGUGAGGCCAAGCGGCUGCGGGUGGUGGAUGUGGUAGAGAAGGAGGACAGGAAACAGCGACCGCAUGGACUGAACACGGUGGAGCUGCUCAAAGUGGCCUCCGCGUCUCUGGGUAUGGGACCCGCACACGCCAUGCAGAUCGCUGAGCGGCUGUACACCGCCGGCUACCUGUCGUACCCCCGUACGGAGAGCAGCGCCUACCCGCCCAACUUUGACAUCACCGGCACUGUGGCGGCCCUCCGGAACCAUCCCGUAUUCGGGGGGUAUGCUUCGGCUCUGCUGCAGCAGGGGGUGAAGCACCCACAGGGGGGUACGGAUGUGGGCGACCACCCACCCAUCACUCCGGUACGGGCCGCCACGGAGGACGACCUGGGCGGGGGGGAUGCCUGGCGGGUGUACGACUUCGUGACGCGUCACUUCCUUGGCUCCGUAUCGCCUGACGCCGUCUACAGAAAGACCAAGGCCACGUUCGAGGGAGAUGGUGAGACCUUCAGCGCCAGUGGCAGUGUGGUUGUACGGCAGGGUUUCACGGCCAUUAUGCCUUGGAGGGCCACCCAAUCCGAGCCCCUGCCGCCCCUCACCCCGGGAGAGUAUCUGCCCCUGAGUGACCUGGAGCUAUAUCAGGGCCGCACCUCCCCACCGGACUACCUGACGGAGUCGGACCUGAUCGGCCUCAUGGAGAAACACGGCAUCGGUACGGACGCCUCCAUUCCCGUACACAUCAACAACAUAUGCGAGCGAAAUUAUGUGACGAUCCAGUCGGGCAGGCGGGUGGUGCCCACGGAGCUGGGCAUCACCCUGAUCCGGGGCUACCAGCUCAUUGAUCCGGAGCUGUGUAAGCCGCAGGUGGGGGCGGGAGGGGAGGGGCGGGGAGGAGGACAACCUGCCGGGGUUUCGAUGUGUGAGGAGUUGAACAGGGAUGUCGAAGGGAAGUCAUCUUUCCCGCUGUCCUUCGUUACUUCCCUUGGUUUCAGUUUUUCCCUUGACUGUUUUCCGUUGGCUUCCGUUAUUAGGUUCGUGCGCACCAAGUGCGGCAAGUGUCGGCGGUACAUGAAGUACAUCUCGGCUCGGCCGCAACGUCUGUACUGCAAUACGUGCGAGGAGGUGCUGGCGCUGCCCCAGGCGCGUGGUGGCGGUUGUUUUUUCUUUCCCGGGCUGGUACGGCUUUACAAGAGUCUGGUGUGCCCCCUGGACGGUUAUGAGCUGCUGUUGUUCUCCUUGUCGGGGUCGGACGGCAAGACCUACCCGCUGUGCCCCUUCUGCUACAACAACCCGCCCUUCGAGGGGGUGCUAAAGGUGGGUGGCUGGGGGAAGGGCGACGGGGAGGGACGAAAAAGGAAGGGUGCCCCGGGUGGUAAGGCCGGUAUGCCCUGCUCCACCUGCACCCACCCCACCUGCCCUCACUCCCUGGCCUCCAACGGCGUCUUCCCCUGUCCCAACCCGGGCUGCUCCGGAGGCACUGUGGUGUUGGACCCCGUGUCGGCCCCCAAGUGGCGAUUGGACUGCAACCGCUGCAACUUCCUCAUGUACCUGCCGCCGAACCUGCAUAGCGCCAAGGUGCUGCCCAAGGAGACAUGCGAGGAUUGCGGGGGUCGGCUACUGGACCUCGACUGGAAGAAGGGCCAGCUGCCGCCCUCCCUGGCGGCAGAGGCAGAGGGAGGCAGCCUGGUCAGCGGGGUGUGUGUGGUGUGCGACGAGGAGGUUGCCAAGCUGUGCGAGGUCAAGCACGGACAUGCCUUCGCGGCGCGGCGCAUGGGGCCGCGCGGCCGAGGCGGGCGGGGCCGCGGCCGGCGAGGUCGGGGUCGCGGACGCGGGCGUGACAAGAACUACGACCCACGCAUGUCGUUCCGCGAUUUCUAGCGGGGGGGUUCAGAAGGGUGAUGGGUGAAGCUUGGGGUGCCAUAUCCUGGACAAGGACAUGACCGGCUAGGUUCGGCGGCUUGAAACGUAUGUAGGUACAACGAAACGACACGUACUCGUUCUUUUUGACAUGCAAGUGCAGAGUGAUGGUG